UAUAAUUUGUCAAACUGUUGAUUAACCUAGAUCAAACUUUGGGACAUAACUGCAUUUUCUUUCUUAAAUUUAACUGUCUUUCUUUUCCCAAAAAUUAACAAUGGCAACGAGUAUGGAAGUAGACCCAGGGAAGAGCGUCAUGGCGGUGAUGGGAGCGUCUGGAAGUGUGUCAGUGGCGCUACAUCCCCUGGUGAUAAUGAACAUUUCGGAACACUGGACCCGAGUUCGAGCACAGGAGGGAAAGGCGCAGCAGGUUCUUGGUGCUCUAAUCGGCAAGCAGACUGGGCGCAACAUUGAGGUGAUGAACUCAUUUGAGCUGAUGUUUGAAGUGGUGGAGGAACACAUUGUCAUUGACAAGGACUACUACAACUUAAAGGAGGAGCAAUUUAAACAGGUUUUCAGUGAAAUGGACUUCCUAGGCUGGUACACAACUGGGGACUCUCCAACAGACGCAGAUAUCCACGUGCAUAAACAGAUCUGUGAAAUUAAUGAAAGUCCAAUACUUAUGAAGAUGAACCCUGUUGCAAGGCACCAAGAUCUGCCAGUGGCUGUUUAUGAGUCAGUGAUUGACUUGGUGAAUGGAGAAGCCACAAUGCUGUUUGUGGAGCUACAGUACACGCUGGCUACAGAGGAAGCUGAGAGGAUUGGGGUGGACCAUGUGGCGAGAGUCUCUGUCACAGACACUGGGGAGUCCUCUAGUGUGGCAGAACAGCUUAUAGCCCAGCACAAUGCAAUCAAGAUGCUGUACAGUCGUGUGAAGUUGAUACUACAGUAUAUCAAAGCGGUGAAGGAAGGUGAGAUUCCCAAGAACCAGGACAUUCUUAGAGAGGCCUACAGCUUGUGUUACAGACUACCAGUCCUUAAUACAGACAAGUUCAAAGAGGACUUCUACAAUCAAUGUAAUGAUGUGUGUUUGAUGGCAUACCUGGGUACUAUAACCAAGGGCUGCAACACAAUUAACCAGUUUGUGAACAAGUUCAACCUGAUCCAUGAUAGACACAGCAUGGGCAGACGGAUGAGAGGGCUUUUCUUUUAAAUAGCAUCAGACUUAAAAAAAGAUUAAAUACUGGAUUCCAAAAAUGACAACAUUUAUUGUCCCUUUUGACUAGGACUGUCAUAGCAUAUAAGCAAACACUUUUGUGAAAGUUGUAUACAAUUAUGAGUCGGAGACUACCUUCCAAGUGUGACAACAGAUUUACCAUGGCUUGUGUCCACAUGACAUCACAGUUAAUAGCAAAUUGUCGAUACAAAUUAUUGAGUAAGAAUGUAAGACUUUACCAAUGUAGGGUGUCUGACAAAUUGCAAUCCCGCAAAAUGAUGUCUCAACACAAGGAAUAAUAUGAUGUAUUAUAAUGUUUGAAUUAAUUAAACAUUAAUUAAUUAAAUGCCAAACGCAUGUUAUUUUACUAUGAAUAUAUAUUUUGUGUUUUGUUAACAUGUGAAAUAUAUCAUUAAUAAACUAAUAACGUUGAUUAAACUUAUGUUAAAGUAUUGGUACUGAAUGGCAUUUGUCAAACCUUUGUGAACAAUAGUUUUUAAGAUCA